AAGUCGCCAAAAAGCUACUUUAGCUUUGACGAUGAAGAAGUUUUAAUUUUAGAGAUAAGAGUUCGAGAACCUCUCUGGAACUUCCAGUUAAACAAGAAAGAAAUACAAGAAUUACAAAUAAAUUGUGGAACGAAGUAUCACAAGCAUUGGGAGGUACUUAUUAAUCUUAAUCUAAGUUCUUUCAAAGACUCACAAUAAAAAAAUAAUAAAAUAAUCAUUGAUUUCAAGUAAAAUUAGUGCUGAAGGAGCCAAAUAAAAAUUUAAAAGCCUACACAACACAUACAGAAAAUAAUUCAAGUUGAGAACUUAGCAAGCGGAUCUGCAAGGAAUAACUUAGAUAGAAAAUGGCGCCAUUAUGAAUCUAUGGACUUCUUAAGAGAUUCAUGUUUGAUAAAACAAACUGUUUCAAACAUGUUCUGUUGAGGCAGAACAUAAGGCUUCCAAUAUUAAUGAUGAAGAUAAGACAUCUUCCAAUGAAUCCUCUCGGGAAAGAAAAAGAUUACGUAUCAAACAGUGUACUUGAGAAGAUUGCUGAUGCUUUGAUAAAUCAAGAACCAGUUUUGCCGUUGCUACUCCCGCCACAAGUAGACGAAGUCGAUGCAUUUCUAAUAAUGCUAGAUCACAGGAUUAAAAUUACCAGAAGAAAAGCAAGUGGAAGCAAAGCUACCCCAAUAGCCAAGUCUGCUAAAGCAGAUCUUGUCAGGGAAUCUGUUACAAAUUGUUGUCGACAGAAUCGAUGCAGAUUCUGAUAUAUCAUGUGAUGUCGGCAGAAUGUCAACAGAAAUAUAAUAAAGUUUGUUAACAUAAUCAGUUACCAGAUUGGCAGCAAAAAUCGAACAGAUUCUGCCGGCAUAACUUAGUGGCAGAUUGGUGGCACAAAAUUGAACAGGAUCUGUGCGAUGCAAUUUGACAACAGAUUGUCGGCAAAAAUCGAGCAGGAUCUGCGCAUACAAUCUCAGAUUGAUGGCAGAAAUGGAACAGGGUUUGCAUAAUUCGAUAGUUCCUUCACUUACCGCUACGUGAGCUGUACUUUCUCGUAAUUGAAUUUCUGUCAGAAAUAUAUAUAAAGUCGCGAAUAUGAA